CCGCCACCGCCGCCCGCGGGGCUCCUCGGCGCAGCCGCCGGGGCCGGGGGAGCAUGAGCCCCGGGACCCGCCGGGGGACGGCCCGGGCCCGGCCCGGGAUCUAGACAGCCGUGGGGGAGGGGAGCCGCCCUCGCGCGGCGCCGCUGCAGGACCGCGGCGCUCGACGCCGCCGUGCCGGCCGCGGGUCGCCGCUGUUUCCCCCUCGCAUUGUGCUUCAGUGAAGUGGAGUAAGAUGUCUACUAGGACCCCGCUGCCGACGGUGAAUGAACGAGACACUGAGAACCACACGUCACAUGGAGAUGGGCGGCAAGAAGUUACCUCUCGCACUGGACGCUCUGGAGCUCGGUGUAGAAACUCUAUAGCUUCCUGUGCAGAUGAACAACCUCACAUCGGAAACUACAGACUGUUGAAAACAAUCGGCAAGGGGAAUUUUGCAAAAGUGAAAUUGGCAAGACACAUCCUUACAGGCAGAGAGGUUGCCAUAAAAAUAAUUGACAAAACUCAGUUGAAUCCAACAAGUCUACAAAAGCUCUUCAGAGAAGUAAGAAUAAUGAAGAUUUUAAAUCAUCCAAACAUAGUGAAGUUAUUCGAAGUCAUUGAAACUGACAAAACACUCUACCUAAUCAUGGAGUAUGCAAGUGGAGGUGAAGUGUUUGACUAUUUGGUUGCACAUGGAAGAAUGAAGGAAAAAGAAGCAAGAGCUAAAUUUAGACAGAUAGUGUCUGCAGUCCAGUACUGCCACCAGAAGCGGAUCGUUCACAGAGACCUCAAGGCUGAAAAUCUAUUGUUAGAUGCUGAUAUGAACAUUAAAAUAGCUGACUUUGGUUUUAGCAAUGAAUUUACUGUUGGCAGUAAACUGGAUACGUUUUGUGGCAGUCCUCCAUAUGCAGCCCCAGAGCUCUUCCAGGGCAAGAAAUACGAUGGGCCAGAAGUGGACGUUUGGAGCCUUGGUGUCAUUCUUUACACUCUAGUCAGUGGGUCGCUCCCCUUUGAUGGACAGAACCUAAAGGAACUGAGAGAGAGAGUAUUAAGAGGGAAAUACAGAAUCCCUUUCUACAUGUCCACAGACUGUGAAAACCUUCUCAAACGUUUCCUGGUGCUAAAUCCAAUAAAGCGAGGCACUCUAGAGCAAAUCAUGAAGGACAGGUGGAUCAAUGCAGGGCAUGAGGAAGAUGAACUUAAACCAUUUGUUGAACCAGAACUAGACAUCUCAGACCAGAAAAGAAUAGAUAUUAUGGUGGGAAUGGGAUAUUCACAAGAAGAAAUUCAAGAAUCUCUUAGUAAAAUGAAAUAUGAUGAAAUCACAGCUACAUAUUUGUUGUUGGGGAGAAAGUCGUCAGAGCUGGAUGCUAGUGAUUCCAGUUCUAGCAGCAAUCUUUCACUUGCUAAGGUUAGGCCAAGCAGUGACCUCAACAACAGUACUGGCCAGUCUCCUCACCACAAAGUACAGAGAAGUGUUUCUUCAAGCCAGAAGCAGAGGCGGUACAGUGACCAUGCUGGACCAGCUAUUCCUUCAGUUGUGGCGUAUCCGAAAAGGAGUCAGACCAGCACUGCGGAUAGUGACCUCAAAGAAGAUGGAAUUCCCUCCCGGAAAUCAAGCAGUAGUGCUGUUGGAGGAAAGGGAAUUGCUCCAGCCAGUCCCAUGCUUGGAAAUGCCAGUAAUCCCAAUAAGGCAGAUAUUCCUGAACGCAAGAAAAGCUCCACUGUCCCUAGUAGUAAUACAACAUCUGGCGGAAUGACACGGCGAAAUACUUACGUUUGCAGUGAAAGAACCACAGCUGAUAGACAUUCAGUAAUUCAGAAUGGCAAAGAAAACAGCACUAUUCCUGAUCAGAGAACUCCAGUUGCUUCAACACACAGUAUUAGCAGUGCCACCACCCCAGAUCGAAUCCGCUUCCCAAGAGGCACUGCAAGUCGUAGCACUUUCCACGGCCAGCCCCGGGAGCGGCGAACUGCAACAUAUAAUGGCCCGCCAGCCUCGCCCAGCCUGUCCCAUGAAGCCACACCAUUGUCACAGACUCGAAGCCGAGGCUCCACUAAUCUUUUUAGUAAAUUAACUUCAAAACUCACAAGGAGAAACAUGUCAUUCAGGUUUAUCAAAAGGCUUCCAACUGAAUAUGAGAGGAACGGGAGAUAUGAGGGCUCAAGUCGCAACGUAUCUGCUGAGCAAAAGGACGAAAACAAAGAAGCAAAACCUCGUUCCCUGCGCUUUACCUGGAGCAUGAAAACCACUAGUUCCAUGGAUCCCAAUGACAUGAUGCGGGAAAUCCGCAAAGUGCUGGACGCCAAUAACUGCGACUAUGAGCAGAGAGAGCGCUUCUUGCUCUUCUGUGUCCAUGGCGAUGGGCACGCAGAGAACCUCGUGCAGUGGGAGAUGGAGGUGUGCAAGCUGCCAAGACUGUCUCUGAAUGGGGUCCGGUUUAAGCGGAUAUCAGGGACAUCCAUAGCUUUCAAAAAUAUUGCUUCCAAAAUUGCCAAUGAGCUAAAGCUGUAACCCAGUAAUUAUGGUGUAAAUUAAGUAGCAAUUUAAAAAGUGUUUUCCAGAACACUGAUGGAAAUGUAUAGAAUAAUAUUUAGGCAAUAACGUCUGCAUCUUCUAAAUCAUGAUAUUAAAAUAUAAGGUUGAGAGCACGCCUGGGAGCGAAAGCUGGCCUUUUUUCUACCAAUGCACUACAUUAAAGAUGUGUGACACGUG